GGAAAAUGUGAGAUUCCUUAAAAGUCAAAAUUGUUUACUCGAAACUUGGGUGAUGCGGCUGCCGGGUGACCCAUGAAUUGUGGGAGCUUGACUUUAGGUAUGAAUACAUAUUACAUUUACAUAUGAUGUUCUCCUCAACAUGAUGUAUGUAAACCACCCAGCAAAAAAAAAAAACAUGAUGUAUGUAAACCAACCCUGCAUUUCUUAGAAUGAAAAGAAGAAAUUGUAUGCAAAUAUAGCCAUGUUUUCCAAGCUUGUAAUACUGCUCCCUCUCCUAAUAAGUGUUGUAGGCUCCCAAGAUACCAACUUCAUUUACAAUGGUUUUAGAUCAGUCAAUCUUAGCCUACACAGCAUAGCCACUAUCACUUCUAACGGUCUUUUGGAGCUCACCAAUGACACCAAACAGCAAAAGGGUCAUGCUUUCUACCCUACUCCAAUAAGCUUCAAGAACUCAUUGAAUGACAGUGCUUUCUCUUUCUCUACGACUUUCGUCUUUGCCAUUGCUUCCGGAUAUCCAACUCUAAGUGGUCAAGGGAUAGCUUUCGUGAUUUCUCCAACUAGAGGGCGGCCAGGAGCUCUUCCAAACCAAUACCUUGGCCUUUUCAAUGAGACCAACAAUGGUAAUGCUACCAAUCAUGUCGUCGCUGUAGAGCUCGAUACAAUCCAGAACCAAGAAUUUAAAGAUAUCAAUGAUAACCAUGUUGGGGCGGACAUAAAUGGAAUGGUGUCCGAGAAUUCUUCUCUAGCAGGUUAUUAUGCUGACAGUGGUGCCUUUAUGAACUUGACCCUUAUCAGUGGAAACCCAAUGCAAGUUUGGGUGGAAUAUGAUGGUGUCAAGAAGCAACUCAAUGUAACUUUAGCUCCAAUUGAUGUUUGUAAACCCAAAUUUCCACUAUUGUCUUUGUCCAGUGAUCUUUCACCUAUCAUUAACAAAACCAUGUAUGUUGGGUUCUCUUCCGCAACUGGCGGUUUCCUAACUUCCCAUUAUAUUUUGGGUUGGAGCUUUAAGAUGAAUGGUAAGGCUCAAGAACUUGCCCUUUCUCAACUUCCCAAGCUGCCUCGAGGUAAAGAGAGAUCUAAACUUUUGACAAUUGGAUUGCCUGUGAUUCUUGUUAGUUUAGUCUUGGUAGCAAUUUCAGGUGCAACGUAUGUCAUAAAAAGGAAAAGGAAGUUUGCAGAAUUGGUAGAAGACUGGGAGGUUGACUAUGGGCCUCACAGAUUCAAAUACAAAGAUCUUUGUAUUGCUACAAAAGGAUUUAGGGACAAAGAACUAUUGGGUAGUGGUGGAUUUGGUAAAGUUUAUAAAGGUGUACUAACUACCUCUGAAAUUGAGAUUGCUGUGAAGAAGGUCUCUCAUGAAUCAAGACAGGGAAUGAGAGAAUUUGUGGCUGAAAUUGUGAGUAUAGGUCGGCUUCGCCACAGAAAUUUAGUACCACUCUUGGGCUAUUGCCGAAGAAAAGGAGAAUUGCUUUUGGUGUAUGACUACAUGUCCAAUGGAAGCCUAGACAAGUACCUCUUUGAUCAACCUCAGGUCACCCUCAGUUGGAGCCAGAGAUUUAAAGUCAUAAAAGAUGUGGCAUCGGGGCUGUUUUAUCUACACGAAGGAUGGGAUCAGGUUGUCAUUCACAGAGACGUGAAGGCUAGUAAUGUCUUGCUAGAUGGUGAACUGAAUGGUAAAUUAGGUGACUUUGGUCUUGCAAGAUUAUAUGACCAUGGAACUGAUCCUCAAACUACCCAUGUGGUUGGAACUCUUGGGUAUCUUGCGCCAGAGCAUACGCAAAGUGGCAAGGCCACAACAAGCACCGAUGUGUUCGCUUUUGGGGCCUUUAUGCUCGAGGUUGCUUGUGGAAGAAGACCAAUACAGGCAAAUGGGCCACCAGAGGAUUCGAUUUUGGUUGAUUGGGUGUUUUCUCAUUUUAGCCGAGGCGAAAUUAUGGAGGCAAGGGAUCCAAAUUAUGGUACAAGUUAUGUAGCAGAAGAACUAGAGUUGGUAUUGAAACUGGGAUUGAUGUGCUCUCAUUCAGAGGCUGCUGCAAGGCCUAGCAUGCGCCUAGUUGUACAGUACUUAGAAGGUGAUGUUCCUUUUCCAGACUUAACAUCGCUUGGUCUUUCUUCCACCGGCUUAACAUUUGCACAUAGGGAUGGUUUCGAUGAUUUUUUCAUGUCCUAUCCGUCUUCUACGAACCAGGCUUUUUCUCAUACGUCUUCCAUUGCAGAGUCACUUCUCUCAGGGGGCCGUUAAUACUAAAAGCUUAUAUUUGUGCUUGUGAUUUGUGACUUCCUACUUAUCCAAAAAGACAGAAAGUGGUGAAAUUUUUUGAAUGUGAUCUUUUUAAUGAUUGAACUGUACUACAAUAUAGUUUUUUCUCCAAUGUGUGCAGUGUAUAUAUAUAACAAUGUGAUUGUGAAAAGUAUAAACAUGAAAAUUGCGAUCUCUCUAGCUCUUUGGGAUUUU